AUGCCUACCGAUGAUCUUGUUCUCAUCAGCGCAUGGCUGAACACGAGCAAAGACCCGGUUGUAGAAAACGAGCAACGAUCAGGUCAUUUCUGGAAACGAAUUGGAGCGUACUUUGCAGCAAGCUCGAAGGUUGCAGGAAGCGAACGCAGAGAGCCAAGCCACUGCAAGCAACAUUGGCAGAAAAUCAACGAUCUGGUGUACAAGUUCUGUGGAUCUUAUGAGGCUGCAAGCAGGGAGAAAACAAGCGGACAAAAUGAAAACGAUGUUCUCAAGAAAGCUCAUGAGAUAUUCUACAACAACCAUAAGAAGAAGUUCACUCUUGAGCAAGCGUUUAUGGAGCUGCACAGUGACCAGAAAUGGUGUCAUCUUUCAAGCUCUAAAAACACAGGAAGCUCAAGAAAGAGGAAGAAUGAGGAUGGUGCACAUGUAAUGGAUGAAACAAGCUCUCACGCUACUAAAACUAACACUUAUGAAGCUGAUGAAGCAAGCACUCGGCCACCGGGUGUUAAAGCAGCUAAGGCAUGGGGUAAGAAGCCGAGGGUAGAUGAGAAGGGACUGUCUGACUUUUGGACGUUGUGGAACAUUAAACAACAUGAUCUGGCCAUGAAAGAAAGGCUAUCCAAGAUGUCUCUGCUUGACAGUCUUAUUGUUAAACAAGAACCAUUGUCUGAGUGUGAGGAAGCUCUAAAGAAGAAGCUCAUCACUGAGUUGUUGUCUGUUUGA